AGAAUGACUGCAGAGAACUCCUCUGUGACCCAGUUCAUCCUUGCAGGCUUAACCGAUCAGCCAGCGCUCCGGGUCCCCCUCUUCUUCCUGUUUCUAGGUUUCUAUGUGGUCACCGUGGUGGGGAACCUGGGAUUGAUAAUGCUGAUUAGGCUGAACUCUCACCUGCAUAUUCCCAUGUACUUCUUCCUUUUCAAUUUGUCCUUCAUAGAUUUUAGUUACUCCACUACCCUCACCCCUAAAAUGCUGAUGGGUUUUGUGUCUACGAAAAACAUCAUUUCCUAUGCAGGAUGUAUGACUCAGUUCUUUUUCUUCUGUUUCUUUGUAUUUUCUGAAUCCUAUAUCCUGUCAGCAAUGGCAUAUGACCGUUACGUUGCCAUCUGUAAACCAUUGUUGUACACAGUCAUUAUGUCUCCCCACGUCUGUUUGCUUCUUUUGUUGGGUGUCUAUGGGAUGGGUGUUUUUGGAGCUGUGGCCCAUAUGGGAAACUUAAUGUUUAUGACCUUUUGUGCAGACAACCUCAUUAAUCACUACAUGUGUGAUAUCAUUCCCCUCCUUGAGCUGUCCUGCAAUAGCUCUACUAUAAAUUUGCUGCUGGUGUUUAUUAUUGUGACCAUUGGCAUUGGGGUGCCUAUUGUUACCAUAUUCAUCUCUUAUGGUUUCAUUCUUUCCAGCAUCCUGCGUAUUAGCUCCACCGAAGGUAGAUCCAAAGCCUUCAGUACCUGUAGUUCCCACAUAAUGGUGGUAUCUCUUUUCUUUGGAUCAGGAGCUUUUAUGUACCUUAAGCCACCUUCUAUUUUGCCCUUGGAUCAGGGAAAAGUGUCCUCUGUUUUCUAUACUGCAGUGGUGCCUAUGUUGAACCCAUUAAUCUAUAGCUUGAGGAAUAAGGAUGUCAAAAUUGCCCUGAUGAAAACCUUGAAUCGAAAAAUUUUCCUUGAAGGUGUUUGA